UCCAAGUUGCGCGCCGCCAGCCCGUUCAGUUGUUCGCGAGCGUUUAAACCAGUUGGACGGUCCAACUAAAAAAUUUGUUUCGAAAAUCUUUUCAUUUCGAAAAACAAACAUACACACACACACGCGCUUAACGGUUGUCUCACAACUAGUUCAGUUGUUGCAUUUUUAGUGGAUCACAAAUAAACUUGAACCAAAUCAAAAUAAAAUCAAAACAGUUAAUUGCUUGUAUUUAUAAUAAGAAGAGGAGCGAGACAAUCUCGAAAAGCCAGCCAGCAUUCAAUUGAAGGCAACCGUAUAAAGAAAUACAACAAAAACAGCAAACAUACAAAUAAGUGGGAAACCUUCAUAAUGACAACAACAACAAUAAAAACAAAUAGUUUCAACAACAAAUUAUCUUUUGUUUGGUUAACUGUUGUGUUGUUGUUGCUACUGCAAUGCUGCAAUUGCGCACAAGGCACACCGAUGCUCUACAAGAAGAAUCCACAAGACAAAUACGAAGCAGAUCUUGUACCCGUUUCCUCGACUGUCAUCCCACUAACAGUGCUCGAAGUCAGCUACGGUUUGGGCGGAAAACCCAGUGAGGAGUACAAACAAGCCUAUCUGAAGAAACUGCGCAAGAAGGUGCAACUCAAGCAGCACUUGAAACAGACACAACAACAAAACGACGGAGAUGAUGCGGAUUUGGGCGAUCCCGAUACGCUCAUAACAAUAAAAAAGAAACAUAACGACAGCAAUAAAGCCAAAGUCAAGGGCAUCUAAAGCAAUUGCAGAGAUGACAACGAUGGCACGAUGGUGCGACGGCAGCGCGCCGACUAACACACAGCGUGGCGUCAACAUUAAAAACUACAACAGCAGCAGCAGCAGCAUACAAUAAUAAUAAUAACAACAACAAAAUAGCCAAAAAGAGCGUAGACAAGACAAGUCAGCAAGAUAGCAGUGGGAAGAUUUGACAGCAAGCUGCCUUUGAAGCUAGCUUUACGCCAAAGCGCUUUUAGUUGAUGGUGCGCAGCGUUUUAGAUGGCGAUGGAGUUUUGUUGUUUUCUUGGCUGUUUUUUGUUGUUAUUGUUUUUGCUUUUAUUCGUUAUUUUUUUUUUGCAAUUUUUCUUCUUUGUGUGUGGGUGUUCGUUCAGCAGUCUCUUAAGUGCAUUGCUGUCGAGCAAUCUGUUUUCAGCGGCAAUCAUCGAUGAUGUCACGUUGCUUUGACACCAGCGUUCAUGUUUGUGUUUUCGCGGCGAAGUAAAUAAAAAAAAUAUUUUUUUUUUUACUAUUUUACGCUUUGUACUUUGCCGGCCAUCAACUGCGUGCAACCCCUCGACACUUCAAUUUUCGUCAACAACUCUGCGCUGUUUUUGUUGUUUUUACUAAUUUACCGUUAUUUUUUGUGCAACUUCGUUUUAACUAACCUUUUUGCGCCGUGCUGCAGUUACCGUUAGACACAAACACACAAUCACACUAUUGUACAUACUAACCGCCAUUUUCAUAAAAUUCGAAAUUCAUUGCAGUCCACUUGACUGCAUUCGAACUCGCUGAAACUGUAAAAUAUGUAUAUUUACCAUAUAUGUAUGUAUAUAUGUAAAUAUGUUAUAUAUAAUUUUAUAUAAAA